AUGGUCUUUCUCAAUGAGAGUACUGACAGACCCUUUCUUCUAACUGGUUUCCCUGGUCUGGAGAACUCCCAUCCACUGAUUUCCAUUUUGUUUUGUGUCCUCUACCUCAUUGCCAUUAUGGGUAACAUCACCAUCUUGGUGAUUAUCAGGGUGGAGCCAUCACUUCACACACCCAUGUAUCUUUUUCUCUCCAUGCUGGCCGCUAGUGACCUGGGACUCUGUGCCACCACCCUGCCCACUCUGCUCAAGCUUUUCUGGUUCCACACACGUGAAAUAGACUUUGAUGCCUGCCUCACUCAGAUGUUCUUCAUCCAUGUGUUCUCCCUCAUGGAGUCAGGCAUCCUGCUCAGCAUGGCUUUUGACCGUUACGUGGCCAUCUCUAACCCACUCAGAUAUACAACCAUUUUGACGAAUCCCACCAUUGUCAAGAUAGGAGUGGGACUUUUGUUUCGAGCUGUGGCUGUCAUCCUCCCAGGACCUUUUCUCAUUAAGAGACUGAGAUUUUGCAAGGCCAAUGUGUUGUCCCACUCAUACUGCCUGCACCCAGAUAUCAUCAAGCUCUCCUGUUCUGACCACCGCAUCAAUAGCAUCUAUGGCCUCAUCAUCAUUCUCAUCACCUUCGGGUUGGACUCUGUACUCAUUCUCCUCUCCUACUUGAAGAUUCUGAUCACCGUGCUAGGCAUUGCUUCCCGGGAAGAACAAUUCAAGGCCCUCAACACUUGUGUCUCCCAUGUCUGUGCUGUACUGCUGGUUUAUGUCCCUAUGCUGGGGGUAUCCAUUAUCCAUCGCUUCGGGAAGCAUGUCCCACCUGUGGUGCAUAUUAUCAUGGGCUAUGUAUACCUCCUGGUGCCCCCUGUUCUCAACCCUGUUGUAUACUGCAUUAAAACCCGGGAGAUCCGUACCCGUAUCCUCGGUAAUCUACUGAAGCCAUAG